AUGAAAGCACCAACCGGGACGAGGUUGAGUUUCGUAAUGUUAAUUUUAGUUUUGCUGCCUUAUAGUUCAACUUUAAGCCUUCCGAGUGGAGACCCCGCACCAGGCAGAUCACCAGGGCCACCUGAACUAGAAGACGAUGAAGUGCCAGAUCUUAAAGUUGAAGCAACAAUCAAAGCAGCGACGAACAUAGAACCUGAUUACGAUACCAGUACGACGUUCGAGGAUGUAGAAUUAACUACAAUUAGUGAUUUCAGUGUUAGUGAGAGGACAGUGGGUGAUGCAUGUGCCUUCGCGAGGAUCCCUAGCGAUAGUGACGAAGUAGUUACGAUCGGAUCUGGUGAUAGUGAUGUUAAUUUGACGGUCAGCCAUCCAGUGUUUGAAGCGGCGGAGAUCGUCAGAGGAGUUGUGUAUGAUGUGCAAGAAUACAGCAGAGGUUCUGAAAGCACGGGAGACGCAGUGUUGGUUGGCCCGGCCACAAGGUGGACCGACGAUCUGGUGAACAUCGCGGGAAGCCGCUGGACCGCAUCCAGUGCACACACAUAG